CUGAAUAUUUUUUUUAAAGCUGCCACACACCUGUAGCCCACUUAGCUGAAUGGAGGGUCUGGUCUGGUAGUGUGAAUCUCUCAUUUUAGAGAAAUGGCUGUAGCUCAGUGACAGAGCCUCGGCUUUGCAUGCAGAAUUUGUUGUUCACCGCCCAGAGAGCUAUGUUAGUCGGGCGGUAUAUAAAUUUAAUAAAUAAAUAAAUAAGGUCCUGAAUUCAGUGCAUCUCCAGAUAGGGCUGAGUUGUUGUUUGUUGUUGUUACGUGCCUUCAAGUUGAUUACGAGUUAUGGCGACCCUAUGAAUCAGUGACCUCCAAUAGCAUCUGUCAUGAACUACUCUGUUCAGAUCUUCUAAGUUCAGGUCUGUGGCUUCCUUUAUGGAAUAGGGUUGAGAAAAAUGGAAAUGGACUGCCUUCCAAGUCGAUUCCGACUUAUGGCAACCCUAUGAAUAUGGUUUUCGUGGGAAGCUGUAUUCAGAGGUAGUUUACCAUUGCCUUCCUCUGAGGCUGCGAGGCAGUGACUGGCCCCAAGGUCACCCAGUGAGCUUCAUGGCUGUGUGGGGAUUUGAACCCUGGACUCCCAGGUUGUAGUCCUACACUCAAACCGCUACACCACACUGGCUGUCAUAGGGCUGAGAGAGAACCCUUACUGAAAUCCUGGAGAGCUGCUACCAGUCAGUGUAGACCGUACCAAGCUAGAUGGACCAAUGAAGUGACUUGGUAGAAGACAGCUUCCUAUGUUCCUGUUUAAAAGAAAUCCAUGGUAUCCGCAAAGCUCUCCUCCUUAAGAAGCGUAGAGGUGAUCACCGGUAUGGAGUAUCAUCACCUUCCCCCCCCUCCCCGCCCAUAGCACCCAUGGUAUCAAGACAAACAAUGGCUGGUUCUGCGCGGAUCCCCAAUGAGAAAAAAACUGGGGGGAAGGCAGCACCUCCUCAUUUCCUAUUCCAGCUAGCUGCAGCCCUGGACAACCCCACCAUCAAGUCACUGGAGUGGCAAGAAGAUGGGAAAGGCAUUCUCCUCCAUGCCAAGCUGUAUGACGAAGAGAUUCAGAGGCACCAAGAGCUGUUUGCAGAACUCAGGAAUCUGAAAUCUGUUUCUGUGUUCCAGGGCUGGCUGGCAACCUAUGGCUUUAAAGCAAGAAUGGUGAAAACCGACUCCGACACACUCAUUUUCCAACAUGGUGAUUUCAAGAAGCUCCUUCCAAGGGUGGAGGAGACAGAUGGCCCCAAAAUCGAAGCUCCUCUCAUGCCCAAACAGUCCAAGAAAUCCAAGAAAAGGAAAAGCACAUUGGAUAUCACUGUGGCCCCAGCGGCCAGCACAGGGGGCAUUUUGCUUCCAGAGUCCACAGGGGGAGAGAGAAAGUCCCAGCGUCUGCGCCCUUUAUAUCAAUAUAUCAACUAUGAUAACCCAGAAAUGAACAGCCCAUCAGACAAAGAAUGUGACCUGCCCUACCUGGAGUUUUGUUCUGCUCUAGAGAACAAGGCAGGCCCCUUAGAACCAAGAAUAACUCUACACAAAGUUGCAGAAGACAAAGGCACAGAACUGAGAAGUCCAACAGGUGUUACUUCAGGUGCCAUAACAAAGAUUGAAGUAGACAAGUCUACUCAGGUGGACAUUGAUAAAAUGCUCAGUGUCUGUGCAUCUCAUCUAGUUCCACCACUGUCACCACAGCACAAGUAGCAAUGUCUAACAGGAUGCAUAGCUACUCCAGGAAGGAACAAGCCUAAGGCCAGCAGGGUUAACUUAGUCCUUCAAUUUUUCACAGUGCUCAGAAACAGUCAUUUUGCUAGAUGCUCCUCUUAUGUCAUCCAACUGUAUUUCCCUGAGUGUUGUUCAUUAUAUUCAGCUGUCAAGUGUUUGCAUUUGUCUCCUCACUUGAAAAACAAAAGGGAAGACUGGGUGACAGCACAUGCAGACACUGAACACUACUGUCUAAACAAACCAGUUCCUAAGCAACCACUAGAAAGAGAAUAAGGACAGUUCACCUAUAUCAACACGUUAUCCCUAAGCAUCUAGAGCAUGUGUGGUCCAGAAGUUGAACACACUGUUUUCAGGGAUACCAAGUCUGAAUCAGCUUAAUACAUGUAUGACUGAUGUGAAGCUCUUGAGACAUUAAGAGUUAUGAGUCCUCUUCAGAGAAGAUAGACUUGGAAACUAUGACAGCAGCAAAAUGAAGCCAUGAGGUUCAAAGGCAGUAUCUCUUGAACACCAGUAGGUGGGAGACAAAUAGUGGGGCUGUUGCCUUCAUGCUCUAUUUGUGAGCUCUGCAGAAGCAUAUAGCUAACCUCUGUGGUAAACAGGAUGGUGUGUCUGAUCCCAGCAGGGCUCUUCUUACAUUCUUAAGAUCUUUUUCUGUAUUAAUAGCAUACCUGACUUGCAUUUUACGCUUACAAAAUACGCCCAAUGUGGCAACAAUGUGAUCUCACUUGUGUCUGGUGGUGGUAAAAGAGUAAUUGGACACUUGUUUCAUUUACCCCUUAAACCUGGCUAAAUUUAUAUUCUGAAAAGU